AUGGGAAAAUCAACUUUAAGCGUAAUCAUACGAGAAGUGUGUUCUCUAAUAUGGUCUGAACUUUACCCAAAAUAUAUGAAAAUGCCAUGUAUAAACGAUUGGCUAGAAAUAGCAAAUAAAUUUGAAGUGUCUGCUAAUUUCCCUCAUUGUGUCGGUGCUGUAGAUGGAAAGCACAUCAGAGUAAUAAAACCAAAUAAAAGUGGAUCGAUGUUUUUGAACUACAAACAUUACUUCUCGAUUCUAUUAAUGGCAGUCGCCGAUAGUGACUACAACUUUAUUUAUAUCAGUGUCGGUGCUUAUGGAAAGGAUUGUGAUUCAGGUGUUUUUAAAGACACAGCUUUCUGGCACAACAUGAUUAACAAUACUUUGAACUUGCCAGGACCUACUUCCUUACCUAAUACCAACAUUGCCUUGCCAUAUGUAUUCGUAGGUGAUGAAGCAUUUGCAUUACAUCAGAAUUUACUGCGCCCAUAUAAUAGUCAAAUGCUUGAUGCAGAAAAAUCCGUUUUUAAUUAUCGGUUAACAAGAGCGAGACGAUAUGUAGAAUGCACCUUUGGGAUACUGGCCAAUAAGUGGCGAAUUUUUCAUCGACCUUUAAAUGUGUCAUUGGAUUUGGCUGUUGAUGUUGUGAAAGCUUGUUGUUUACUGCAAAAUUUUAUACACAAAGAGGAGGGCGUAAAAGGGGUCCAAGAAUCUCUAAGCGGGUGUGAAUUAGAGGAGUUUUUGCCAUUUGAUUCAACAGAAAUGGUUCCUACAACAGCUAAUGAAAUACGUGACAAAUAUAAGGAGUAUUUUAAUUCUGAAUAUGGCAGUGUACCAUGGCAAAAUAAUUAUUGUUAAUAUGUAUGCGAAACAUGUUUCUAUCUAGCGGGAAUACUCAAGCUACUACUAGUAGUGAUGGGACUCGAGUGACUUUUUUUCACUCAAGUCACUCGCCAGUGAAAACCGAUUUACUCGAGUGUCACUCGAGUAAAGAUGAGACUCGAGUAUUUUUUUUUUCGAGUGAAUCAUUCGAGUCACACGUAAUCCGAGUCAUCAAAAAUAUGACUCGAGUGGGAGUAAAAACAAAACUACUCGAGUAACUCGAGUGAAACACGGCUCGAGUCCCAUCACUAACUACUAGUAGCAAGUGAUUGCUUGUUUAAUGUAGGUACCUACCACACGAAAUUGCUUACGAGAUAUACUAUCCACACACUAUAUAAUACACUGUUGCAUUACGAUUUAAAUAAAAAACAUACUGAUCGUGUCUUGUCCCAAACUUCCUUUAAGUCAGCUACUUAUAUAUUUUUUCGUUUGGCCUCACUAGAUAGAAAUACAUUAACAAGAAUAAAUAAAAUUUUGUAAAAAGAUA